AUGGCGCCCUCCAUGGCCCCCCUGAACCUGCUCAUGGUCCUCGGCGUGCAGGCCGAGGAGCUGGCCGGCGAGGAGAAGGCCGCUGGCCCUGUGAUGGACGACUGGGCGGGGGGCGACGCGCCCGACUGGGCGCAGUCCGCCCCGAGGGGGGGCGACGCGCCCGACUGGGCGCAGUCUCCUCCGAGGGGCUUCCCGCAGGGGCCGGGCUGA